AUGACGCAGCCCCAGCCAACCCGGCGGCCCGGCCGGAUGAGCCCGACCGCGGCGAUCAUUGGCCCGCCCCGCGCUGGCGGCCACGCCCCCAGAGGUGCAGCCACUCACCCCUACUCCCCCGCCCCCAGCCUCACCCGGCUUCCAGCCGAGCUACACAGAAGGCAACAGGCUCCAACGUCACCUGAGAAAGUUACCGACUUCUCCCAAACCUCAGCUGCUGCCACCUAUGUCCCCUCGUUUCCCUCCUCCCAGCAGGCCUGGGUGCAGUACAGUCAUCCUAAUUCCAAGGCCGAGAAGAAACUGGGGCUCAGAAGCUCCUGCCACGGCCUGCCCUUCCUGCAGCAGCUCCGAGCCUUCGGCCACUCCCGACCCAGCAGCCUGCCCGAGCUCGCCAGCAUGUCCGUGGUGCCACAGACGAACAAGGGCAAGAUUCUUGCCAAGAGAAUUAAUGUGCCUAGCAAGUAUAUUAAGCACUCUAAGAGCCGAGAUUGCUUCCUGAAAUGUAAGUACAGCUCUGUUGCAGCCAGAUUUCAGCGCAUGAGUGAGGAACUUGAUAAAAUUGGCAAGAGGAGGACUGUAGAAGGGGUUUUGACUGUCCCUGAGCACCGGCUACCCCAUGUGUUGCUGCUACAGCUGGGAAAAACUUUCUUCAAAUUACCUGGUGAGCUUAACAUAGGAGAAGAUGAAGUCGACGGACAAAAAUGCUUAAUGACAGAGCUAUUGGGUCGUCAAGAUGGAGUCCUGCAAGACUGGGACAUUGAUGACUGCAAUGGUAACUGGUGGAGACCAAAUUUUGAACCUUCUCAGUAUCCAUAUAUUCCUGCACAUAUUACAAAACCUAAGGAACAUAAGAAGUUGUUUUUGGUUCAACUUCAAGAGAAAGCCUUGUUUGCAGUCCUUAAAAAUUACGAGCUGGUAGCUGCACCACUGUUUGAACUGUAUGACAAUACACCCAGAUAUGGACCCAUCAUAUCUAGUCUCCCCCAGCUUUUGAGCAGGUUCAGUUUUAUACACAACUGAAUUCCUGCGCAGCAGAGAAGUAAGAGAAGCCGUCUUGGUGGGGAAGGAUAAACUGGGAGAUUGAGAUUGACAUAUACACAUUAUUGUAUAUAAAAUAGAUAACUGGGUUUCCCUGGUGGCGCAGUGGUUAAGAAUCUGCCUGCCAAUGCAGGGGACACGGGUUUGAUCCCUGGUCCGGGAAGAUCCCACAUGCUGCGGAGCAACUAAGCCCGUGCGCCACAACUACUGAGCCCGUGCGCCACAACUACUGAAACUCACGCACCUAGAGCCCGUGCUCCGCAACAAGACAAGCCACCACAAUGAGAAGCCUACACACCACAAGGAAGACCCAAAGCAGCCAAAACAAGAUAACUAAUAAGGACCUACUGUAUAGCACAGGGAACUUAUAUAUUUAUUUGUUUGUUUGUUUGUUUGCGCCAGGUCUUAGUUGUGGCAGGUGGGCUCCUUAGGGAACUCUUCUCAAUACUCUGUAAUAACCUAUAUGGGAAAAGAACCUAAAGAAGAGUAGAUAUAUGUAUAUGUAUAACUGAUUCACUUUGCUGUACAGCAGAAACUAACACAACAUUGUAAAUCAACUA